GUACUACGAAUGCAGCACAUACCCAAGAGACGAAUGAUUUCUACUUCUUUCGUCUACCCGUCGUUUUUGCCUUAUUCAUUUAACGAGAAUUGUUAGAUCUUUUGCAUCGGCUUUCCGAGACCAUGGAUGAGGGACAGCCACCACCCGGAGACGUGGUUGCCCCUCUCACAGGCGCUCCACUCAAACGCCGACGGGCUGACUCGGAGAGUAUCUCGUCGAUCGAGUCUAAUCGCUCUGUCCGGACAUUAGCUUCCGAUGAUCUAGAAUAUUUCCAUGAAAAUGGACGAACGUACGGCAAUGAAACGUACUACCUGCCAUGCGUGUACAAGCAGCAUAACGACUUUGUGGAGCAGGAUCGUUUGUCUCUACAGCAUGAAAUCUUCGUCCGAGCACUUCAUGGCAAGCUGACCACUGCGAAACUACUGCCUACUACCCGAAGAAUACUCGACCUAGGCACUGGACCAGGUCAUUGGGCUGUUGCCAUGGCGCGUCAAUACCCGCACGCGGAGGUUGUCGGGAUUGACAUGACUGAAUGGGAUAUAGACACCACCGAAGCCACUUUGGGCGAUGCCAGGGUGACAUGGGAGCUGGAUGACCUUGACGUCUGGGGAAAAGAGAUGGAUGUCGACCAGCUGAUCAACCAGCUCGCCACUCUAGAUUUGGCCAACGAAUUGGCUAAUCGGACUCCCAUCGACGCGCUGAGGAAGCCAAAGUCAACGGUCGAUCUCAAUCAACAGGGAAGGGAGCCUACGCCCGAGGAGCAUUUGACUAUUGAUCUCUCAACUCUUACCCCCCAGCCUGAACCUGGCUGGCACUUUAGCGACUCCUUUGAGCUCAUCCAUUUACGAAACAUGAAGGGCUCUUUUACGCACUGGGAAGACGUAUAUGCCGAGAUCUACAAGAGCCUUUCACCCGGUGGAUGUAUCGAACUCGCAGAUUGGGAUCUGGGCCAAGUGCCCAUGGGCCCAGGGGAGAUCACAGCAGCAAACAUACCCAUGCCUACUCUUCGCAAACUCUACGUGGCGUUCAUGGAAGCAUCAUUCAAAUCUGGCCGUCCACUCGGCCUCUUCUACAUGCACCACACCUAUCUGGAAGAAGCAGGCUUCGAAGACAUCCAAACGACCCAUGUCAACGUGCCAGUCGGACAAUGGCCAAAGGACGAAGCACAGCGAUCGCUUGGCAAGAUGAUGUUUGUGCUAGGUAUGGAGAUGUUCGAACCGGUGUGCUUGAGGCUGUUGACGCAGUGGGGGAGUAAGACGAAGGUUUGGACGGCGGAGGAGUUGAGAGCUGAUAUCUUGGUUGCGCAACAAGAAAUUUAUGAUUAUGUUGAGCGGUCGGAACGGGGGGAGGUGGAGGGGUGGUGUGCGAGCUUCAAGUGGGUUACCGCUAGGAAAAGCUGGCAUGCGGAGAAGUGAGUUCAAUGGGGUUAUGAGGCUGUUGAUAGGUGCAAGUUUCGAGGAAGGUGGUAAUGUGGAUUGGAUAGGAGCAUGAUGAGGAACGACUACUCUGCAGAAAACAUCAACAAUACAGUUGGCUUUUACUUUGAAGAAUCCGCCUCCUAGUUCACGAUCUUGUAUCGAUGAGCUGCUAAGGAAGGUAGAAGGAAGUCAUCACCUAUCAUUCUAGCCGAGCACGACAAGCACGCUUGUCGUACA